AUUUAGUCGAAGGCUGAGUUUAUCGUCUGCGGAAGCGAGUUCCGUUGUUGCCCUUUUCGUUUUCUAAUGUCCGUUUCGGUUUUUCAUUUCUCUUGUGGUUUGAUUUGGUUUCAAGCUCGGACAAGGCCGGACCCUCUCUACACCCUACUGCAUUCUCUUUCACUUGUUUGCCUCUAUUUUUAUUCAUUAUCAGUUGAUUUUCCCCGCGAUGGAAGAGAUGUCUUGCAGCGUGUAAGGGAAUGCCGCAGUGUUUUGUUGAGGUGGAUUUCUUCGAGUAUGAGGCGGUCGAGCUUGACAGUGUCAGCGAGAUUGUUGUCGACAUUGUAGCGCAGGGUGAGAGUUAGAGAUUGCGAGGUGGUCGCAAGUGUGAUUUGUGUAGUUUUGUAGUAGAUGGGAGUGCAUUGUGUGCGUAAGGUUCAGCAUUUUGGAUGUGAAGUGGACAGCGUGUAUUCUAAUAUUGACUGACCUAACCGUCAGUGUAACGCUGUUAACAGCGUAGGCCUGUUCCCGAGUUUGAAAUUUCCGCGUGGAAAAGUGGAGCUUCGCGAGCGCGAGUCCUGUGGUUUUUGUGCAACACGACCAAAAUUGCUUGAGAGUGAGUCACUAUGAACAACCUUCUUAGCAACUCGUUUGGUAAGGCUAUGAACUACGUGGAUCUGAAGAAGGAUAUCCGUAGGGGAGAUAUUGAACUCGGGGAAGCCUCUAUUGGAGAUGGCGAAGUUGAUAUGUCGCAGUUCUUUGACGAGGUGGGAGUCAUCAAGAGUGAGAUGGAAAAAAUCAAGCAUUGUCUCGAAAAGGUCAAGGAUGCCAAUGAAGAAAGCAGGACAGUGCACAAGGCACAGGCUAUGAAAGCUUUGCGGUCUCGGAUGGACGCAGACAUCGCGCAAGUGACAAAGAUUGCCAAAUCUAUCAAGUUCAAACUCGAGGAGCUCGACAGAGCUAAUGCUGCGAACAGAAGAGUUAGAGGUUGCGAAGAGGGAACACCAACCGAUAGGACCCGAUCGUCCAUCACUAACACGUUGAGGAAGAAGCUCAAGGACCUGAUGGGAGAAUUUCAGAUCCUCAGGCAGAAAAUGAUGGAAGAGUACAAGGAAACUGUGGAGAGGAGAUAUUAUACAGUAACUGGACAGCAUGCGGAUGAUGAAACUAUUGAAAAUAUCAUCGAGACUGGAAACAGCGAGACCUUCCUUCAAAAGGCAAUCCAGGAGCAAGGGCGAGGCCAAGUCUUGGAAACAAUAAAGGAGAUUCAAGAACGGCACGAUGCUGUUAAGGACAUUGAGAGAAAUUUAAUCGAAUUGCACCAGAUCUUCAUGGACAUGGCAACGUUGGUUGAAACCCAGGGAGAGCAAUUGAAUGACAUCGAGUCACAGGUGAAUAAGGCGGCAUCGUUUGUUGAGAGAGGAACAACACAGCUGAAAAUUGCCAAAAAUCAUCAACGGAACACCCGGAAGUGGAUGUGCAUGGGUAUUGCGUUGGUUAUUAUUUUGAUCCUUCUUAUCCUCCUUCCACUAUUGCACACUGUAGGUGCGAUUUGACUUCGUAUAGAACAAGCGUGCCCUGCCAGACAUGUUGAAGCCAAAGCAGAGUUACUCACCUCUUUGUAGAUGCGCACCUAUCUAGAAGGCCCGCUCGGAUAUCACCCUACUGAGUGAUUGCGUCGGUAAGUAAUAGUUUAAGGCCCUCAUUGCUUGCAAGUAUUGUCCUGGGGAAGUGCUCGAUCUCCUUGCCGCCCAUUGUCGUGGACAAUUGUUCGUAUCAUAUCCAAAUAACAAACUCUUCUCAACCUGGUCAUUUCUA